UUUUUAUCCAUAUUUAUAAGAUUGUUGACAAAGUUUCGAAGCUUAGCUUUGAAGUGUUAUAUUCAUUGUUGUGCAAUACAAAUAAACUACUUUUGAUACUCAACUUACCUCGAAUAUCUAGAAUACCUAAACUAACUAUAUACUCUUGCACGUCAUAUUCUACUCUUACCGAAAUCAAUUUCGCAAUAUUUGAAAAUAAUGGGCAAAAACUAUUACAACAUCUUAGGCAUUGACAGAAAUGCAACCGAUGAGCAAAUCAGAAAAGGCUAUAAGCGUAUGGCGCUCAAGUACCAUCCAGACAAAAAUGACCAUCCACAGGCAGCGGAACACUUCCAGGAGGUUGCUGCCGCAUUUGAGAUACUUUCCGAUAAGGACAAACGCGAAAUAUACGACCGUUACGGUGAGGAAGGCCUACGGGAUGGUGAUGAGCAAGCAACGUUUCAGGCGCCGUCAUCUGAUAUGCUGCCGUUUAUCUGUGCCGUUGGAGGAACCAUUUUAUUUGCGUUUGGAGCUUACAAAACUUUUCAAAUGUUUACCAAGAAAAAGAACACAGAGCGGCAGGACGAGGCUUCGUCGUCCGAUUGAGAUUAACAUGUUUAUAAAUAUAUUGGGGUGUAAAUAAAUUGUU